AUCUUUCAACCAGUGUUAAGAAUCAGAACUGAUUUACACAUCUCUAUAAGAUACUUGUCAUGUCAAUGUCAAGCAAUAUCCAUAUUUUUCACGUGUUUGUUAUUGUUUGCAAAAUAACUUGAGUUCAGCUGAAGCUGAAAUAAACUUCAGCAGUUUUUGAGUUUUGCUUUGAUGGACGAAGCUCGUAACGGCAGUUUACGACGAAAAUAUGGAGGAUGUUCUGUGUUUGUCAGAAAGAGAAUUUACCACAUAUUUUAUAUCAAUUUACCGUGAAUUGCCAACGUUAUGGAAUACAAAGUCCCGAGAUUAUACGGACAAAUAUAAAAGGAAAUUGGCCUUCACGAAAAUGACAAAUUUAUUAAAAAUGCUCCGUCCUAAUAUUACUGAGUAUGAUGUAAAGAAAAAAAUAAACAUCUUGCGUACCAGUUACAAACGUGAAGAGAACAAAGUUAUUAAGGCCAUGGGUUCAGGUUCUGGGGAUCCUUAUGUACCGUCAUUGUGGUUCUAUAAUCAUUUACAAUUUCUACAUGAAGAGGAUGAAGCAGAUGGAGAGAAUGAAGAGAAUGACAUAAGCAUCAUAACAGAUAAACAGGAAUCAUCAUCGUCACGAUCAUCAAACUCAUCACCUUCAAAUUCAAUGCAACAAAAAAAGAAAAAAAACAACAACUCUAAAUAUGAAUUUAGGAUAGCCAAGGACCAAGUCAACGGGCUAGAAAAUGAAUAUAAUGUAAUGGCAACAAACUGGGCGUAUAAAUUGGAGUGGAUGACUCCAAAUCAAAGGCGACUGGCAGAAAAGUUCAUUAACGAAAUACUCUUUGAAGGUGAAGAAGGAAAUCUUAAUAGGAAUUCUGUAGUAAUUAAUGCUAACAGUACAUGUUCAAUUCCCUCAAAACCUGUUAUAACAAUAAAAUCUUCCAACUCUGAGUCAUAGAUAUCUUCUGAAAUUCUUCUAUUCUAAAAAAACAAAAAGUGAACAGUGUGUCGAUUUUUCUGCGACAUUCUGACAUAAAAAUAAGUACAGUACUAUGAAAGCAGUUGAAAAAUUUAAUUUUCUAGUAAUUUACCAGCAUGACCUGGGUUUUUUAAAUCUAUAAAAUGUGUAUUUGUGUUAAUAUUCACUGGCUUUCUCAAUAGCCAUCUUAUGAUGUAAAAAAAUUAGGAUUAAGACUAGGAUUAGGUUGACUGAGGCCUAAUCCUCUGUGGUGUAGACUUGAGCUCUCAAAGAAAGCUGCUCUCAAAGAGAGCUGUCAAAGAAUAUAAUCUAUAGACUAUUUUCCCAUUCCUUUAAUUGAUUCAUACACUUAUUUGAUUGGUUGGGGUUGAAAGCUACCAGCUAAUAGGAUGAUCACUGUUUGUUUAAUAUCAGUUGGAUUGAAUAAGAACACAUAUCAUUGCAACAACAUUUAUUUUGUAUGUACACUUAAUUUUCGCAGCUUUGUAUAAUGUACAAAUAAUAAAUGCACAACUUCAGCAUUGUAAAACUCUUAAAUCAAAAUAACUCGCAAGCACAAAGUGUUGCAAUUAAAUGAAACUUUAGAACAUUACAAUAAAGUUAAUGUAUAUCAGGAAUUGGUCCCACUUUAAAGUUAGUACGCUCAAUGGUAAUAAAAUAUAAUUACUAAAUAAUUAUGUUACCAUGGUGCUGUUUAUAGGAAAAUUCUCUCAGUUCGUUUUUGUUACACAGAAUGAUUGUUUAUACAUUAACAGUAUUUUUACACGGACUUGAGAUUACAAAUCGCGUUAAAAAUACUGUUAUUGCAAUUGAUGGCUACUGUUUUAAGUGUCCGUUACUUCAGACCAACUGCAAUUUGCAUGUUAGUUGUUAGUAGAUUAUUUACAAAUAUUGAGCAUGUUGCCAUUGUAAAUAAUAAAAAAUAUUGUCUAUUGUUUAAAUUCAAAUUCCGUUUGUCUUAAAACGAAACGUUAUUCAGCUGUGUUUUGUUUUAUACAAUAUAAAUUUUGUAAUUAAGUGUUAAUUAAAGUUUUAGAGGUUAGUGUGGGUCAUAAUUUACUUGAUAGGUUAUAAUUUUCAAUGUCAAAAAACUUAUGCUGAGAUUAUGUAAAAAUAGCACCGUUUAUAAGCAUAUUGUUUACGUAACCUCAACAUACAAUUUUUAUGGUUUCUCCGUCUAAGCAUGGUACUAAACAAAACGUCAUUCAAGUUGUGCAAUAACGAUGUGUACAAAUUACAAAUAAUUAUGCAUGUUGGUGACUAAAUGACAAGUAUUUUAGUCGUUAAGUUGAGGACUAGAAUAACUUUGAAACGAGUCAGUAUCACUAAACACUAAAUACAUCUAUGCAUUCAAGUACAACGUGAAUUAAAUACAGCCAAACAUAGAAUGUAUAGGUGUAGUACAUACGUGCAUUAGUGUUAUGUAUAAAACAUCAUUUUCGUCACGGUUUAAAAUUCGAUUUCCCUCGUCAGAUCAGUCAUUUACCCCUAGUGUUGCCAAUAUACAAAAAUAUUUAAUUUAAAACACCGAAUUUGAAACAAGAAAGCAUUUUUUUCAAUAAGUUAAUGAAGCCAAAAUAAAGUAGGUAAGCCUAAAAAGUAAACUCUGCUUUGUACAAUAUAAAUAAAUUAAAUGAGCAAUAACAGAAAUGUUUUAACAUGAAUACUCUAGGCGGCUGCCGUGUUUAUAUUAGUUUACGUAGCUUUUCUAUGAAUGGCACAAUACUACACAAUGUUUAUAAAUAUACAAUAAAAUACCGAACGAACAAUUC